AUGAAAUUGGCAAGUGAAAGAGAAGUAAGAGGAGCAAAGAUUGAAAUUAGUGGUCGUUUAGACGAGUCAGACAUCGCUCAAACCAAAAAAAUUGUUCAGGGAAAAAUGCCGCUCAGCACUAUUGACAGCAAUAUUGAUACCGGAAGAGCCGAAGCAAUCACCAGUUAUGGAAAAAUUGGCAUUAAGUAUGAGGGGCACGUGAAAGGAAACAGUGAAGUUAAUUUUGGCGAUUACGGCUUACAAGCCCAAGAAGGAGCCUACAUUAGCAACCGAGUAAUCGAAGCGGGAAGAAAGGUUAUCAGUCCUUUUGUCAGAAAAACUGGCAAAAUGUGA